AAUGGAAAAAUAAUUUUGGGACAAAGGGAUUUUUUUCUAUAAAAAAAGCCCCCAUUUCGUGAAUCUGUACAUCUUUGAAAUCCUUCACUUCUCUCUUUCUGCAUCUACAAUGGCAAUCUUCUCCAGCUUGUACCUUAUUCUCCUUUUCCUAGCCCUAUACAUAAUCACCAAGCAUUUCCUCGGCAAGCUCCGAAAUCUCCCGCCCGGCCCAAUCUUAAACUUUCCGAUUAUCGGCCAUCUUUACCUCAUGGUUAAGAAGCCUCUUUUCAAAAGCUUAGCCAGAAUCUCCAGCCAAUAUGGCCCGGUAAUCCUCCUGAAUUUCGGAUCCCGGCCGGUCCUUUUGGUAUCCUCUCCUUCAGCAGCUGAAGAAUGCCUUAACAAACAUGAUAUCGUCUUCGCGAACCGCCCGAAUCUUCUCCCCGGAAAAUACCUAGGUUACAAUUACACUUCCUUAGCCAGCGCGCCUUACGGGGAUCACUGGAGGAAUCUGAGGAGGAUAUCCGCCCUGGAGAUCCUUUCUUCCCAUAGGAUUCAAAUGCUUCGCGAGAUUCGGGUCGAUGAAGUAAAGCUGAUGCUCAGAAGGCUCUUUCUGGAAGCCAGCAGUACUCGGGAAAAACAAACUAGUAGGGUUGAAAUGAGAACCGUGUUUUUCGAGCUGACGUUGAACGUUAUGAUGAGGAUGAUCGCCGGGAAAAGGUAUUACGCCGGCAAGAACGAUGAAGUCGAUGAUGAGGCGGCGAAGAGGUUCAGGGAGAUUGUGUCGGAGACGGCAAGGGUUGCUGGGGUGUCCAAUUUAGGGGACUUCUUGCCCAUAUUGAGGUGGUUAAAUUUGGACAGAUUGGAUAGUAGAUUGAAGGGUCUUCAAGAAAAGAGGGAUGGAUUCAUGCAGGAGUUGAUUCAAGAGUUUAAGGUAAAUGGUAAUAAAAUUAAUCAUGAGGAAGGAAGAGGAGAAAAGAACAAGACGUUGAUGGAAGUUUUGUUGGGGUUGCAAGAGAAUGAUCCUGAGUAUUAUACGGAUGAACUCAUCAAAAGCCUUAUAUUGGUUUUACUAUCUGGGGCGACAGAAACAUCCACAGGAACAAUGGAGUGGGCGUUGUCACUAAUGCUAAACAACCCUUCAACUUUGAAGAAAGCACAAGAAGAAAUUGACAACGUAGUUGGAAAAGAACGUUUGUUAGACGAAUCGGAUUUGGUUAAGUUACCUUAUCUGCGUUGCAUAGUGAACGAAACAUUGAGGUUGUACCCUGCAGGCCCGUUGUUACCUCACCAAUCCUCGCAAGAAUGUGUCGUGGGAGGAUAUCGAAUCCCGAAAGGUACAAUGUUGCUAGUGAAUGUGUGGGCAAUCCAAAAUGAUCCCAAAUUUUGGGACGAACCAGAAAAGUUCAAACCAGAGAGAUUUGAAGGUAUUGAAGGUACGAAGGACGGGUAUAAAUGGAUGCCUUUUGGUUCGGGAAGGAGAAGCUGUGCUGGAGAAAAUUUGGCUUUGUGUAUGGUUGGUUUUGGUUUGGGCUCAAUCAUUCAGUGCUUUCAUUGGGAGAGAAUUGGGCAUCCGUUGGUCGAUAUGACUGAGGGUAGUGGAUUGACCGUGCCUAAGGUUUUACUAUCUGGGGCGACAGAAACAUCCACGGGAACAAUAGAGUGGGCAUUGUCACUAAUGCUAAACAACCCUUCAACGAAAGCACAACAAGAAAUUGACAAUUUACUCGGAAAAGAGCGUUUGUUAGACGAAUCGAAUGUUGUUAAGUUACCUUAUUUGCAUUGUAUAGUGAGCGAAACAUUGAGGUUGUACCCUGCAGGGCCGUUGUUACCUCACCAAUCCUCGCAAGAAUUCAAUGUGUCGUGGGUGGUUACCGAAUCCCAAAAGGAAGGAGAAGCUGUGCCGGAGAAAAUUUGGCUCUGUGUAUGGUUGUUUUUGGUUUGGGCUCAGUCAUUCAAUGUUUUGAUUUGGAAAGUUUUGGGCAUUCUUCGAUCCCAAAUUCUGUCAACUGAUCCGUUGCCGCCAAUUGCUCCGGCGUACUCUUUGGCUGUUCAGGAGGAGAAGUUAAACAGACUGUCAACUCCAUCAGCCAUGGCGCCUCCCAGAUUUCUGCAACUUCCGGCAGUGAAGUCGGCGUUCUUGGCCCGGCUGUUGCUUCCAAAUCCAAGGGUCGUGUCGGUGGAUAUAUUACUCGGGCGCAACUUCUUCAAUCAGAAGAGAAGGUGCUGGCGGCAAUCACUCAAGGAAAAACGGUCACUAACGAUUAUGGAACAACCGAAUCUAGGGCCUAAUCACGAAUAACCAACCCAAAUGGGAACAAAUCGUGACUAGAACUAAUUAAUCCCACCAACAUCAGAAAAAACUAGUUUUUGAGAAAUCAAUCUCUUUUUCAAUUAAUGAAAACAACUGACGACUACAAAUGCCGUUAUUCG